AUAUACUUAUAAGCAGCCCAUGAAAAAAGGUGCUGUCGACCUUUUCUCUGAUUAUCUUAUUAGCCGUAUGGUGGAUUAUCGUUCAAAUGGAAAUAGAAAUAAUCCCUUGAAAAUAUUUAAAACAUACCACUAACAGUGGAACUUUUGUUAAACUUGGUACAUUGGCCUGAAGUACUUCGUUGUUAGGAAAAUCUAAAAUUUAGUCGCAUUUUUUUUUACUUUUAAGUUAGUUUUUGGUACACACGGCACACGUAAAUAUCCACUUUAAUUUUAGGAACAGUACAUUUUUGGUGUAAAACUGUUGAAAUAAUUUUUGUUAAAUAAAUUUUACCAUGGACUCCCCCCUCUCAAAUCAAGUGGUAAGUAGUGUCAUUUUAUUUACCAAAGAUUUCCGCCCAUACUGACACGAGGAAUGUUUGUAAAUUCUAAAUAUUUUCAGAUUUUGAACAAAAUAUUUUCAAAGUUGGACCUCCACACAAUCAAGUUAGUACGUUUCGUGUCACAAGAAUGGUCUGAAAUUGGCGCUUCUUGCAUCGGUCGUCAAAUCAUUCUCGAUCCUUACGACGUUUUCCUUCCCAAAAGUUCUGAGCUUGUUGAAAAUCCGGGAACCGUUUUCACUUUCAAUCCUAGAUUAGCACGAAGGAUUAACAUGCAUGACAGCUACUAUUGGCCUGCUCGAAAACCCCACAAUCUACCCGUUGAUAAAAUUGCUGCCAUGCUAUCCCUUUUCUCCACCCAUAUUAAUCAAUUCACUACCCAGGUAGAAUUUUUCGUACAAAAGGCUACCUGUCAAAAAUACGUGACAGCGUUACUAACCAGGAAUGAAUUUCCAUGUCUGAAAUCCAUCAGUGUGACUGUAGAGGAGGAUGUAUUUCACGUAAUCGAUGACGAAUACCGCAUGGAAAUCGAUCCACUCCCUGUUCGACCGUCGAUAAAAAGUAUAACUUACAAACUGGACCCACUCGUAAAUUGCAUUGUAGCGAAUACGUUUCCAUUUCGUGGCGUCUUCAACGCUAUGUUAGCUUCAGCCCCAAACUUGCAAAAAGUUUCGAUUGUGGAUAAUUUCUAUCCGAAUUUGGAAAACUGCCGUGCCCUGGAUUCCUUAAAGUUGGUGGGUUCCUUAAUCACUCAGAAACCUCUUGUUGGCCUCCAUGGCUUGGGCGGGUAUUCUUACAUUUUUGGUAAGGAUGACGCAUUCGAAGAGAAGAAAUUUCUUAGAACGAUUCUCCAAGUGCAGAAAACACUUCGACAUUUAGUUAUUGGAGCGGGACCAGAGGAUACACCGUUUGGCUGGAAUCCAUCAUCGAUACCUGACACAGCAACAGAUUAUCGACUUCCAUUGCUCCCCAAUUUAGAAAGCUUAGAGAUUCUUGGGUUCGGCUGUUUCGAUAAGAUUGGAGAAACUUUGAAUUCUAUUAUCUUACCUAGAAUGAAGUACAUUUCCCUCGUGGAAACUGAAUUAGGGAGUACAACUAUGGACCAGAUUUUGGCCAAGGUAAAACCUGACAAUAGAGCGGUGGAGGAAUUAUCUCUUCAAUUUUUGCGAGACCCAGAAGCCUUUCAUAGAUUUGGUGUAUUAUGGCCGAAUGUGAAGAAAUUGACGGUAUCCUUCAAAGGAAAAUACCGUUUGGCCGCGUCAUUGAAUUACGCGGUGAUAAUUCAAUCUCUUUCCAACUGCUGGGAUAAGCUGGAUCAAUUCCAUGUUAAGCUUCAGUUGUCGUGUUAUGAGUGGGGGACGUUUUGCUCAGAAGCGGUAAAGAGCCUAGCGAAAUUUUCAGGUGUCAAAUCCAUUGAUGUGCAAUCAAGUGUCAUCCCAGACUUUUACUAUCGAGAGGCCGCAGUAUAUCCGGUGGAUUGGGAUUUCUUACUUUUGACGAAGACAUUCAAUUCGUUUACAUUUCGUGAUACUGAGUUUACCAUCCCCACGUUGGAAGGGAUAGUUCGGUUGAGAGAGGCCCAUCAGCUGCCAAUCCAGUUUAAUAAGUGUCAAGCUUCAAGGCAGGGUUUUAGUUGGGCAACCACGUUGACAAUUCCGUUGGAUAAGUGGGUAGACUUUUGAGAAUUUGAACAGAAUUUGUUAUAAAUUCAGAACAUUGUUUUUAAUUUCGUUUAAAAACUUGCAAACUUUUAUCAUAAAGGAUAAUGUUUGUAUUGCCAAAACUGCUAAUCAAUAUUUCCACAUAUUUCAAAGCUUACGUCGUUUGUUAGUUUGGCUAUAACUACAUAAACAUUUAUAAUAUUCAGUUAGCAUAAUUUAAUUUCCAAUUUCA